GUUAGCGUUCGAAUAAACAGUGAGAGCGCAUGGCAAAAAUAAAAUAGUAUGGGACUAUAGUACGGGUGAAGUAGAAAAAAAUAAUAUAUAUAUCUAAAUAUUACAAUAAAAAAAAUAGAUAGAUUAUUGUGUUGUUUGACUUGGAUGAAUGUGAACGUAAGAAUUCUUUGCUGCUGGGUUCUUUUUUAACGAAUGUUGGGCAAAAAAAUUUGUGUAAAAAGUUUUUUCCCCUGUUUCUUUAACAUUUUUUUUUUCUUCAUUUUGUUAAAUAUAAUUUUGUUCAUUGAUUUGCCUUAAGUUGAAUCCAAUGCAGCCACUAAAUUAAAAUCAAAUUUAAAGUACAAAAUCGCUAUUGAAAGUGUAUUGAAUAAGUUUAGUGUUUUUGAGAUUGAAUGAAACAAAACAAACAAAAAACAAAUAAAGUCAAGCAACAAGAAAAUCAUUUUAUAAAAUCUUAGAGAUAAAAAAAAAACGUAGCCAAAAUAUAGCUGCAAGUGCACUGCUAGAAGCUGACAAACAAACAAAAAAAAACACAAUACAGAGAAGAAAAGUGUCAAUUUUUCCAAGCUGAACACAAAAAACAACAUAAUUAUUUUAAACGAAAGAAAGAAAAAAAUAUAUAAUAAUCUGACAACAAGUACGGCUUAGUAGCUUAUUGUGCCUUUUUUUCUCUUUCGCACCACUUAUUUACACCGAGUGAGUGACAAUCUCAAACAAAAAAAAAUAUAAAUAAAUAAAUAAUAACAUAUAUAAAAUAAAACAAGCAGAAAAUCAUCAAAAAAACCAUUUUCGCGUUUUAGUAAAUUUUCUCAUAUUGUGUGUACAGUACAUAUAUAUAUGUGUGUGUUUAUGUGGUGGCAAUCGUGUUGCAUCCAUACUGAUGAAUGAGUUAAAUGCCGUGUUAUAAUAUGUAACUAAAAAACGAGUGAGAAGAAAACAACAACAACACAAUUUUUUUUUAUUUUAUCUGAAUAAUAGUGACACUUAAAUAUUUGUGAAUAUCAUUAGAAAGAAGAAAAAAAGGCUCAUCAGAAGUUAGAUAAAAAGAUAUUAAUUAAUCAAUUCGCAAAAAGAAAUUUAAAGCGCUCACGGGAAGCAGAUAAAAGGCGAAUAGUUAAUUAGAAACGAAAACGGGAGAGAAUAAAAAAAAUAACCAAUUUUUCGAAACGACAAACAAGAGAAGCAAAAAAAAAUAAAUAAAACAACAACACACAGAGUCAAAUAAUCGAUGGCGGCCGCAAAUGAAUGACAGAAUUUUUUUGUAUCGUUCCUCUCUCUCUCUCUAUCUUCAUACAUUUUCGUUUAGUCGUAUGUUUUGGUGUGUGUGUGUGUUUUUCUCAAUGUGUUUUUUUUUUCAUUUCAAAUAAUAUUCCCAGUUGAUUAUUCGGUUUUGUGCUUUGCCUCUAUAUUUGAAUACUCGCCACACACAAAUAGUUACGGACACUUCGAUGGUAGUUUAAUUACCCAGUUGAAUUGAACUGCAUCAAUAAUAAUCACAAACAUCAAAAGAAUUGUGAGGUAAGAAAACGACCACGAUCGUGAUAACACACAAAAAAAAAACAGAGAACAAUAAUUUAAAAAACAAAAACAAAAUUCAAGUGGUUAAAAAAAACGUUGCCAUUCAGUGUAAUACGAGUGUGCCGUUUUGCGCGCGUAUGUAUGUCAGCUGAGCAACAAAUAUUGAGCAGAAGGAUUCACAAAACUAACGUCAAACAAAAGGUUCACAUAAAAUUUACAUCCAAACGAAUAAAUCACAACAGAAAUCAUUUUGUGUAUUGUGGUGCUUGUGUGAUUUGAAAGUGAGCAACGACGACGAUAAUAAGAACAACAAUACAUACAUAUAGCAACAACAACAACAACAAAAAAGUCAGCGAAAUUAAAAGUGCUUCGAAAUAAAUUUGAGAAUGCCGCCAAUUUUAUGAUAUUGAGUGAUAUAUAAAACACAGAGACCAAAUGUAAUUGCGCUAAUCGAAAUAACAACGUGUAAGUGAAAUAGAAAGAAGAUACUCAAAUCAAUAAACUAAAUGCGAAAAGCAAGUGUUGCUUUAAAUGAGUCCACAGGGGAAAACGAUUCAUUGUUAUUGCUUCAAUCUUCUUCGUCAUCAUCACCAGCAUCAAAUUCAUCAACAUCAACAUCAUCGACGAUAAGUGUAAACGACGGCGACCAAAUUGAAUCGAUUAGCAACAUGGAAGAAAUAAGUGCAAAUGUAAAUACAGAUGAUAGUGACACAGCAAGUAAAUCAAAUAAUUGUCAAAAUGAAAACAAAUCAAUUGUAUCGAAUGUUGAAUGUGAGGAAACCACACCAACGUCAACCAAACAUAUACGAAACAACGAUACAACAAUCAAGGACACAACAAAAACAACACCAAAAACAUCACUACCAUCAUCAGCGGCAUCGGACAGCGAUAGAAGCGUAAAACGAGCGGUCGCUAGAAAGAAGGUGGUUCAACUUCUAAUUUCACCGAAUGUUGAAACAAUUAGCGAUGAUAUAUCGUCCACCACCGCAGAUAUAAAACGAUUGAAACAUGUCCAAGUGCGAUCUAACUCAACCGGUAAACUGUAUCAGUCUUCGCGUCGAGUUUCAUUUCCGGAAAAUGAUAGUGAACUUGUUACGGGAUAUCUGGAACCGGCAGAUCCAUGGGCAUACGUUAAACCAGCCACCUGUGUAUCAGAAUUGGCCGAAUUCUAUCGUGAAUCUUGUCGACGUCACAAUUCACAACCAAUUGAAUCGAUCAUGAAACAUUUGGAUACAUUGGAUUUAAAUUCGAAUUCAAGGCGACCCGUUCUGAAUUUACGCGAACAAAAUUUAACCGCCGAAUCAUGUGAAGCACUAGAAGAAGUCCUUAAGCGGAUUCAAUACAAGUUAAUUGAUCUAACCGAUUGUGGAUUAAACGAUGCAUCAGCGACCGCACUAUUUGACAUAAUUGAGUAUUAUGAGGCGGCCAACGAGAUCGAUAUAUCAGAGAAUCGUAAUAUCACUAACAGAGGCUGGCAAGCAUGCAUCAAUAUGGUGAAACGUAGUCAUGCAUUACAAAUAUUAGUGACCCGAGGCACACCAUUAUCAGAAUCGAAUGCGAUUAGUUUGGGCAAAUCGAUGCUGAGCUCAUCAUUGAACACAUUGAAAUUGGAACACUGUGGCCUCUCCGGCCGUCCAAUGGCAUCGUUGUGUACUUACCUACGGAAAAAUACCGUGUUAAAAGAACUUUGGCUAGCGCACAACGAUUUAACCGCUGAUGAUGCAUAUAAUAUUGGAAACGUACUCAAAUCAAAUUUUUAUCUACAAUUUCUUGAUCUGAGCAAUAAUAAUAUUCAGGAUCGUGGUGUUCUCCAUAUAGGCGAGGCAUUAAUCGAACAAGCAAACUAUUUUAAAGUGUUACAUGGCGGAUCGAAUUCAACGUCAUCACAACCAUUGUCAUCGAAGCACACGUUAACGCGUGGCGAUAAAAACGAAACAAAAUAUGAAUGUUUGGCACGAAUGAUAAAUGCAACAAAACCCAACAUAGAUGCUGCUCCAAAUACGGAUACCGGCAAUAAUUUUAAUUUAUUGAUUACCGCCGAUAAAACCGCCGUCACGAAUACAACAAGAACAAUAGCUGCAAUGGCUGCAACAACCACAACCAAUCAAGAUGAAAGUCAAAAACAUGAAGCGGACGAAAAGAAAGUUGCACAAGAAGUUACCAAACCAAUAAAAAGUGAUAAUAAUAAUUCGAACAUUGAUUCGGCCACAAUAGCAACGGCAGUGAUGGUGGCAACGGCGGCGACAGUGGCAACGGCGACAGCAGCACCGGCAAAUCAAGAAAAAUCAAUCGACAAGAGUAAAAUUGUCGAACAAAUCGAACAAAAUUCUAAAGAAAGCAUAAAAAGUGAUAAUGAUGAUUCGUCGUUGGUAAUGUCCAAUACAACCGCCAGCAUAGAUUCAUCGGAAAAAUGUAGUGCCGAUACAAAUGCAAAAGACAAACAUGUAGAAGAUAAUAAUAAUGAGGCUGCUGAUGUAAAAUGCACUAAAGCAGAAACGGUGUUAUCAAAUAGCGAACAGAGUACCGAAACAGUUGUACAAAGGCAACAAAAGCUGAUAACACAGCUAAAAGGGGAUCUCAAUGAAACUUUGGAUGAUGUUCAACCAAAGAAAUUGCAAUUAUUAACAUCAACCAAUUGCCAAUUGGAUAUCAAUGAAAAUAAAUCGGAUAUGAAACUUAAUUAUGCUGAAAUGGUGAAGGUUGAGAAUGCAAUUGAAUCAACGGUGUGCGAGAAUAAAAGUUUUAAUGUCGAUGCAGUGAAUAGUGGCGAUCAUGUCGAUAAUAAAAAUGUUGUAAGUAGUACAAGAAAUGUAUCAAGUGAUCUCGAUGAAAAAGUACAAAACAGCACAGACGCAACAUGUGAUACAACCACAAUCGUUCGACCGGAUGCUGAUAAUACGAUAAAAUGUGGAAUCGGCUGCUCAUCACCGAAACCAAUUCAAACAAGCAAUGUUAAUAGGCAUGAUGAUCAAGAUGAAGAAAUGUCACCGGUAUGCAAAGUUCGUUUGCCAUUGAAUAGUCCACGUCUCACCAAAUCAAAGGAUAUAAUGAGUGAGCUGUCGCUCACGCCCGACAGUUCACAUUCACUGGACAGUAGUUGUGAAUAUUCAACACCAUUUGAAACGAUCAAACAAGCAUACAAUACAUCUAUAGUUCCUGAACGUUCGUUUAGUUCGGAGAGUCUCAAUGAGAGUCUCAAUAGUGAAACUUCCAUCGAAUCAAAUGACUCGAAAUCAUCGAUAAAAUUGGCAGAAGCAAAAUUCUCAAAAAAUGGCACACUUGAACGGCAAAAUAGUUCAAAUGUACCGAUCACACCAUCAAUCACCACACCGAAUGGCCUUCAAGUGCUUAUGCUUUGGAAUAAUCACAUAACAAGAGAUUCAGCACAAUCAAUAUCGAAACUUUUGAGCGCAACAACAACGUUAGAAAUACUGAAUGUUGGCAAAAAUGUGCUAAGCAAUGAUUUUGUUGCUAAUAUCAAAGCCAGCCUAAAGGCGAACACAAGUUUGACCAGUCUUGGUUUGCAAAGUGUACAUUUGUCGAAUGAAGGCGUCAAAACAUUGUCGGACAUUUUAGAUUUUGGUGGUAAUGUUACACUGCAACGCGUUGAUUUACGUGAUAAUAAUUUACAAGUGAGCGGUUUAACAUCACUGAAUGAGGUUCUCAAGUCAAAUAAAUCAAUCACACGAAUCGAUUUGGAUGAUGUACCACGCCGAGCAUACGAACACUCUGAUUCAAGCAUUGAUUAUAAUCGUGUGGUCAAUAAUAUUCGUUCAUUAUGUGCACGUAAUGAGAAUCCACCCGAUCCAGAGCCAGUUCGUACGUCGGUGAAGCGUGUGCGUGCAAAUUUCCUAAAUUCACGAAAAAUCUCGUUAACGUGCCAAAGCAUACGACACAACGUACAUGAGUCUCCACAAGCCAAGCACUUAUUAGAUCCAACACGUAAAUCUGGUCGUUUAAGAUCGCCUUCACCCAGUCCAAUUCCAUCUCCUGUAUCGUCGUCGCCAAUACAAAGUCCAUCGCGAUUAUCACGUUUUCACGUGUCACGUGUUGUUGAAAGUAAUGUUUCGUCACCGAUAACACCCCCAUCGUCGUCAAAUAGUUGUUCCCCUUCAAGUACCACUUCAUCGUCACGAUUUCGUGUUACUGUUGUUGAACCACCAAAAAUUAUGUCCGCUCCCGUAACCAUUAUAAAUAAUAGCACGAACAAAGAAACUGAUAAAACUGUACAUAAAAAAGAAAAUGAAUCGGUGCCGGUUCAAGUGUCUGUAUUACAGCGUACCCAAUCGGCUCCAUCGACAACGAUGUCAGCACAAUUGAAAGACCAACCACCCGCCCCAAUGAUCGGCAGCGUAAGUUCGUUGAACACAAAAAUUGGAACUAAAUUUACGAUCAGUAGACCACCCACCGAUGCUGAGCACAUUGCCACUAUUGCCGUCAUUGAUAACACUAGAAAUAGUUUCGAUAGUCCCGAUUUGGAGGUAAAAGGUUAUAUGGAUGAUAGUUGUUCGUCAUUUAGUAGUCUUGAUUCAAUCGAUCGUGGUCAAGAUUUCAAUACAUCACUCAGUUCGAUGGAAAGUUACGAUAUACUUGGUAAACAUGUACAAAAAUCAAAACAAAAAGUGGUCACACCAAAUUUGUCCAAUUCAUCGAUCGAAACUGAGAAUGAAACCAUCGAUACGAAUAAAACGGAAAAUAAUCCAUCCAGUUUAGAAGCAAGCACAUGUUCAAAUGAUUCAAUUUAUGGAUCACAAGAGUUUCCACCGCUUAAAAUUUCAUCGAAUGAAGGUACAUUAACAAAUAGUCCAGUUAGUCCGUGCAGCGGUGAUAUUGUGACCAAUGAAAAAGACAAUUUAUCACCAAAAAUCGACGAUAAACAACAACGUGUUCGGAAAACAUCAUGGAUAUCACGUGGUGAUGCCGUUGAUAAAUUGCUCAGCAUUUUCCAUCAUCCGGGCAAUUUAUUUUUUACACGAUCCAAUAAUGGUGAUGUACCACGUAAAGAGCCACAGCAACAAACACAAACACAAACACAAACACAAGAUAGUAAACCACCGUCACGCAAAGAAAGUCCAUCGGGACUAUUUGCAUGGACGAAAAAAGAAAAUGUUUUCGACGAAUCGACCGAUUGCAAGCCAAUAAGUAGCAUCGAAACUGUUGUUGGACAAAAAUCGACCAAAUCACCAUUACAAAUAGCCAAAAUGUCACCGGAGAAUACAUUAACUGCUGAUUCGGUUGCCAUUGAUGCCAUUCCAAAUCAACUGAAACAGGAUGUUAAAGAGAACACAUCACCAGAGCAUACAGUUACCGCUGAUAGUAUGGCCAAUUUACAAUUAAAAACAAUUGCCACACAAACAAUUAGUGUGCCAGAUAAUAGUCCAAAAGGUGAAAAUCCACAAACGGACAUCGUCGAACAACCGGCAAUCAAAAAUGAAAAGGUUCAUUUUGAAGUGGGUGGCGAUGACGACGAUGAUGACUACGAUGACAACAAUAAAAAUGAAUAUGCUGGCAUUCAAGUAAAUGUUAAUGUAACGGAAGGAACACAACAUCAUCAACCGAGCGUAGCGCCAACAGCAAAUCACAUUGGUAAAGCAUUCGGUUUGGGCCAAAUCACACGCGAUUCAUUGAGCAUUCUUAAAGGUAGCUCAAAUAAUUCACAAGAUUCAAUGCGUUCGCUUGAAUCACUUUCUGAAAUUGUGUUUGAAGAAACGUAAUAAAGUGGAAUGAUUUCAAUAAACAAAAAUUCAAACCACAUGAUACACACACAUACAUCAAACAAAAAUCAAACUUUUAAGAGCAAACAGAACAAUUGAAAAAACACGAUAUUCAAUGUAAGAAUUAAAUUAUUGCUGGUAUUUCUUCUUCCUGCAUUCGGAACCAUUGAUUGUGGCAUUGUGUGCAGUCAUCGCUUAUUUUGCUGCUCAUGACAACAACUAUACAAAAACGAAUAUACGACGAUUUCAACAGAAAACACUCUACUCUACAGAAAACUCAAUAUAAAAAAAACAACAAAAAUACGAAUUAUGUUGACAUUCCUGCCAGUUCAUCAAAUGUCAGCAGCAACCAUAUUCAACCGAAUUGUGUUCAGUGGUGCAUAUACAUUUGAAUAAAAUUUAAAAAAUAACGUGAAAUGAAGAACCAAAUUACAAAAGAUAGGAAAACUCUCAGACGCGUUGUGUUGAGCAAAUGUAAUCAAUAUGAGAUCGCCGAUGACCAAUUUUUAGAUAGGAUUUUCUUAAUUUUGAUACUGUAAGUAGAAGGUGAAUAGCUAGCGGCUGCUUGAACAGGCAAAAAAAAUUGGCCGAUUAUACAGACAAAUAAAGAGAGAAGAUGUUUUUUUUUUUCAAUUUGACUUAAAACGUCACAAACAAAAGGGAAACGUAAUAAGUGAAAACACACACAGAGAAAUACAAACACGAACAAAUAAAAAGAAAAACAUUCAUACAUGCAUUAGGGCUUGUUUUGGCAUGAUUUAAAACAAAGAUAUAGAAUGAUUGUGUAUAUUAUUGAGAAAUGAAAAUAAAACCUGUAUGGUUCAUACUUUGACAAUUUUGUGAUAUAAAUGAGGGAGAGAAUGAACAAGUUUAAAAUCAGCAAGACAAGAAAAAAAAUAUAUGUGUUUUUAUGACACAACAUUUGUAAGGCAAUUGCAAGAAAUAAUGAUGAUGCCGAUUUGAAAUGAAAUUCAAGAAAUGUUGUUCUUGUUGCUUUAAAAAAAAAAAAAAAAAAAAACUAGAAUAAAAAACGGAACUUAAAAAAAUCCAAACUGAAAAUGUAUUGUGCUAAUUAGCCUUAGUAAUGCUAAGGGACACGAUAUGAGCUAAAAAGAAUAAAUGAAAAAAUCACAAAAUAAUUGCUGUUUUAGUCAGUAAGACAUUCAAAAAUACAAACACACACAUACACAAAGAGAGAAAUGGCUUAAAACUAGAUUUAUUAAAAUACAUUCACGCUUUGACUUUUCUCUCGACCCAAUUUAUUACUAUAGGAUGCUGUGCUUAAUUAUAUAUAUAUUCUGUAUAUCCCAUAUAUGAACAAUGUUGUUUAGCCACAGAUUUACACAGUCAGCACCUAGAUGAUUUUAAUUUCCAUACAUUGUGUCUGGCGUGAGAAUCUAUAAAAUUAAUUGUGCAAUUUUGCUACGAUGUUAGACAUGUUAAAAACUCACAUGCAUGGAAAAAUAUGGUCGAAAAUCGAUGUGGAAAACACAUUAAAACUAUAAGCACAUUUAAAGUGCACUCUCUCACACACACACAAAACUUAAUGAUAAGGAUUAUCAAAUGAAUUGUGAAAUCAUUAUCAAUAAAUCAAAAUAAGGUUGUAAUAUUUCUUGUGUAAAUUUGUGUUAACGCUCAAUCUGACGUUUUGAUUCUCUGCACUUUUUUCUCUACGAAAACAAAACACAAACUUAACUAUGUAAAUUAAUUGCAAGUAAUUUUGUAUCACAAACAAUAUAAAUGAUUUGAGGUGGGAAAAAACAACCAAAUUUAUAUUUUUCACUAAGAUUGUAAGCCACACAAUGAAUGUGCGGACAGACGGAAAUAAUUGGACGAUGAAACAAAACAACUAAUUGACAUUCAUACCAAUUCUUUACGAUCGAAAAAUUAAAUACACAUUUUGAUCAUCUAGAUCUAACAAUCGAAACAGUAUAAACAAAGAACAUGAUAAUGAUGAAGAAAAAAAAAAACUAAAUAAAAAAUAAUUUUUUUAUUGAUAAAUCCUUAUUUUGAAUUUUUGUAUUGUACAUACAAUUACAUGAUAAUAUCCACAUUUUGAAAGGAAAAAAAAACAACAAACAGCAAGAGCAACAAUUAUUAAAUUCAAUGAGAUCCAUUCAAAUAUCUCUUUUCAAGUUUUAUUCUCAGAAUUUGAAAACUGAAACAAGUAGUUCAAAAAUAAUUGAAUCUAAAAAAAGCAUACACAAAUUAAGGAUUUUUUUAAGAAUUGGAUUUUUCUUAAAUCAUCAAAAGAAAAAGAUAUCCCAUUUACCCAAAACAAUUCAACUUUCGAAAAACAAAACAAACAACUUAAAAUACUGGUUUAUUGAAAUGAUUUUUUUUACCAGAGUGUAGCAUAUUUUUUUACAUCAAAUUAACACGGAUAAUCAGAUUGAUGCAGUAAGUGAAUGGAUUUGGGUAAAUGUGAUAUGAUGUUGAACAUAACUAAAUCGCAUAAAUAAAUUAUUGUUCAACACGCGUUUUUUGACAGUUUUUUUUUAAACUGACAUUUCUCUAUUUAAAUUAAAUGAGUCGAAAUUUUUGUUCUACUUUCUAAUUUGUACAAAUAGAGUAUUGUAGAGUUGUUCAUAAAAAAAAUAUCAUUAGUAAUUUUUCAAGAUUUUCUGUCAAACCACACGGCAAAAAUUAUUUACAUUUGUGGUUAAAAGCGAUUUUUCUUGCAAAUCUAAACCAUUUUUUUUACAAUUCUUAAAUAAUAUUUUAAUAAUGACAUUUAUUUUUUAAAUAAAAACAUAAUUUUAUACUGAAUUAUCGGGGCAAAAAAAUGGAUUAAAUUUGCGAAAGAAAUCGCUUUCUUUUGAAAAUUCAAACCUUUUUUCUAUAUGUAUUGUGUUCUUAUUUCUAAAACCAAUUUUUUUUAAAUACGAAAUUCAAGGAAACAUACGAAGGAGGUGAUAAAUGCAAGCAAAUCGAAAAUGUGAAAAAAAAAUAUAUUUGCGAAAAAAUGUGCAAGUUUUUACAGUCGAUUGAGAUAAUAUAUAUGUGGAAGAACGAUUAAGCGCCAGUUCUUUUUUUACUAUGUAUUAAAUACCGGAGAACCCAUACCAAAUAUU